GGUGCUUUUCACUUUAGUAGCGGAUUAACCUCGCAUUGCAGUGUACUUUGGAAGUGAAGGAGCCUAGUGGGUCGGUCACGCACGGUUUACCGGGAAUCCAGUGUGUUUAACUAGCUAACAGCAAAACCUAUAUUCUUGGCUUGUCCACCUGCCGUAACAAAUAUCGAAUCAACGUUGAGAGAUGGCCCCGAAUGCAGCGGUACCAUUGCCAAAACCCGACCAGCAGGAACCGGUUGGCAUUAAUGCCAUUCUGCUAGGUCCGCCCGGAUCAGGAAAAGGAACACAGGCGCCGCUGUUAAAGGAGAAAUUCUGCGUAUGCCACCUCUCCACAGGGGACAUGCUGCGAGCGGAAAUCGCCGCCGGUUCCAAGCUCGGUGCCCAACUGAAGAAAGUUAUGGAUGAGGGCAAGUUGGUAUCGGACGACUUGGUUGUCGACAUGAUCGACUCCAAUCUGGACAAGCCUGAAUGUCGCAAUGGUUUUCUGCUGGAUGGAUUCCCGCGAACUGUGGUGCAGGCAGAAAAACUGGAUGUACUGCUGGAGAAGCGCAAAACCGGCCUGGAUGCCGUGGUAGAGUUUGGCAUUGACGACAGUUUGCUGGUCCGUCGGAUCACUGGCCGAUUGAUCCAUCAAGCCAGUGGUCGAUCCUACCACGAGGAAUUCCACCCACCCAAAGUAGCGAUGACCGACGACGUCACCGGAGAACCGCUGAUGCGUCGCAGCGACGACAAUGCUGCUGCGCUGGUAAAACGCCUGGAUGCUUACCAUAAACAGACGAAACCACUGGCUGAUUACUACGCACUGCGAGGACUACAUUUUAAAAUUGACGCGGCCAAAAGUGCUUCCCAGGUGUUCGAAAACAUCGAUAGUAUCUUUCUGAAGUCGCGAAAAGCGAGGCUAGGUCUGUGAAGAUUUAUUUUUCACACUUGACGUUUAACAAAUAUGCAUUUCACGCAGAGGUAUCGGAUGGUACAGAAAAAUUUGUAUUCAAGGCACAUAUAGAUUUGGGACUACUCAUUUUCUUAACGGUGUUGCGUUAUCAAAACGUUCAUGAGGUAAGAAAAUGGUGGGGUCCUAAACUUAUGCAUGCUCGAAUAUCUGUCGAACUGAUACCUCCGCUUUCACACCACCUGACAUGACAUCCCAGCAAGAUUUGUCCGCCUGGUAUCAGAUCGAAACAAGCAAGGGUCUUACCCGAGUUUGUCCGGCUGGUGCCUGACGGACAAUUCUUGCUGGGUUGGAAUAAUUGAAUGUAUAAAUAUCCGGAACAACCGCUAAGCUACCUUAUCGUACCGGACAAUUGAUCGGGUACAAGUUUUAAACAAUAUCAACUACGUUUCCCUAGACCUACUUCGACAUCGCUUCACAAAGCAAUUCCAUCUAUUGUGGCAACAAUUAGCAGCUCGCAUGUAAUAGCCAGUAGUAUACCUGUUUAACUAGACAAGGUUGACCAUUGAUGGCAACAACAAUGACUAGAUAUUAAAAAAAAUGCAUAUCGUUGAGCACAAGACUCGUAUGCAAUAUCUUAGAGAACAACGUGUAGGUGAAAAGUGAGACUACAGCUAUUUAGAUAAAAUAAAUGUGCGGUACUAUU